AUGAGUGCAAACGCGGAGGAAAGGGAAGUGGCAAAUGACGUGCUAACCCGUCGGGCUAGACGUCGUAAAGAAAUUGUACGGUACCACCAACGUCAACACAAUAAGGUACUGAAGUCAGACGCUAAUCUUCGCGAUAAUCGCUUGUUCCUGUUUUCUGAGGGAACGAAAGUUUCGUGGGAAACGACAACGGUGCCACCUCGCGAUUUGAACCCCGUGUCGUUGUUAGCGCCGUCUUCUCAAGGCAACCCUGCCGUGAAGGACGAAGCACUGGAGGACUGGAAUUUCGAAUUCGUAUUCCACAGUGAAAACGCGUCUAGAAAACCCUCGAACCGCCUUGACGGGGAUGAGGACGAUGGGCUUGAAGGGGGAGUGUGCACACACGAAAAGGCCAUUAUAUCGCCCACGUUCUUCUCCGAAGUCGCAGACAGCGAGGUGACAUCCCGUUCUGAAUCGCUCAUGCUGGCAAACACGCAGGGUGUGAAGCGGCAGGCAAAGCCUCUGUCUAUGCUAUUGGUACCCGAAAACACAAUGGCAGGCCCCACAGGGGGAAGGCCGCCGAACUUUAUCUACGUCAGCCGAGCUGAGGGCGUGCCGCCGAUCCCAGUGAGGACGCCCAUGGCGUCAGGAACCGAUCUCAACGUCCCCACCAGCAACUAUCUAACACUGGAUAGCGUCUACAACAUCCACCAACACGCACCAGGAUUCGUGAAGAAUGAACGGGCCGCGCUCGGUUCCAUGUUCUCGAGGAGUAUGCUAGGAUGGGAGGAUCUACAGGAGGACGUCUUGAUACUCUCCACCGGGAAUGCCAUGCGGUUGGUCUUCGAACAGGCCUUUACGGACGAUAAACCGAUCGCGCUUCAGGUGCAACGGCUAGGGCCGACGCUAACAGUUGGCAUCCACACCGACGCCCCAAGCAGCGUGCGCGAGAUGCGCAAGCGGGCUCUCCUGAGCAAGGCCCUAUAUCGAUUGAGCGAGGCUGCACCGCCGCCGGACUCCCGUGAUGCGAAGGUGACUGAGGAGGUGGUCAAGACCUCAGAGCCGCCCGCGGCGCCGACGAACGCCGUCGCGCUCCCCCCUCAACGGAUAGGGUUAAGCGUGGCUGAGCACGCGCAGGUUCACAACCGCUACUCCCACACCCUGCGCUGGGGGAUCGAUAAGAUGGAGGUGUUGGUCGGGGUGGAUACGCCCAUCGUACUUGAUCGACGCAGCAACACCGAGCAGAUGUUGAAGCUUGAGGAUACAUCGGACGUUAUGACGCCGCAGGAAAUGCAGCGGGAUUUGUUGAAUUGCUGGUUUGAUGCCACGCUCGCGAACGUACCUCAGGUAGGCAUUUAUAUCCACAACGCCGGUGUGGUGCAAUGCUUUGAAGUGAAGAAGGUGCAAGAGCUUUUAGGGCUGGUCGAAGGACGCGUCGCGACCGCGGCGAUGAACUUUACCAGCAACGUCCUGCGUUGGUUGGUGCAGCAGUGUGUGAAGGAUGGGGCGACUUACGCCGUUCUUCGAGGAUACCGAUCGAGCUAUUUGGAGCUGUACGAACUUCCACGCGAGCACACGCUGUUUACGGAUCCGACUUAUAACGAUACGCACGUCUCCCCCGAAGCCAUGGAUGCUGCGGCGAGGCAGUGCCGAGAAGACCACGACCGCCUCAAUCUCAACUUGGCGAGAAUGUGCCUGGGGAUGGCACAACACCUCUUCCACCACGAAAACAUCGCCAAAACCUUUGAUACAUUGUCGCUUCUGUUGCGCAGUUUCGUUAUAUUUCUUCAGCAAGGCGACCCCGCGUACGCUGUGGAGCAUGUCUCUGAAAUAGCCCAAAUGCUUCCAAAACUGAUUGACCGACUCAUCCUCCAGCGUCACGCUGCUUCACUGCCAUCGAUGGAUUCAAAACCCGCUAAGAAUCAUGAUGUGAAGCAUACUAAAGAGGAUGCUGUGGGGAACGAGAAGCAGUCGAUACAAGAAGUGCCGUCAGGCGGCGUUGUCAGUGAAACCAAACCGCGGCUUUUCACAGAGGGGGGUAACAACGCCUGCCGCGCCCUCCCAGAAGCCUAUCGGGAGGCGCUCGUUACGGGCGCUCGCUUCGAAAUGCGGCUACGUCAGACGCUGGAGGAUAGCACCCUCAAACCCAUCCUGCGGCGCGGUUACACACGUUCACUCGUGCUAUGCUCCGUCGCCAUAGGUGUGGCAGUUGCUCGGACGCUUGAUGCCUUCAGCGCCGAGCGUUCGGCCCAUUUCCGCGGUAACCAUUCAUCUCACAAACACGGGAGCAACGAGAAUGCGAAGCAGUGGAGCACCAAGAAACCCACAGUACCGGCUGAUGCGGAAAAGAAGAAGAACAUGACAUUAGAAAAGGAUGAAAAGGACUUUACGGUCCUCAAGAAUCUGCUACAGGUCAUCGUGGAAGGCCUGAUGCGGCUAGAGCAUCUCAGCAACACAAUCGGGGCCUUUGCUACCUCGAUUAAGCAAUCAGAAACGUCCGAUCACGGCAGCCCCAACGUCACACCCGAGGUCUCCACAGACGUACAAAAUGCUAACCAGGAAGCAGGAAAGGAGACGCACAAAAAGAGAUCCCCACCAUCGCAACGGGAAUGUGGUCUACUGAUAGAUCCAAGGGCGGAUGUGGAUGUUGAACCCCUCAAUCGCUUUCUUUGUGAAAUAUAUGGCGACGUCAUAUUAAUUAUCAUGGCAGACUCAGCCAAUGCGUUUACGGUGGACGUGCUAACCGAGGUGGCUCGCCGUAUCAGCUCCAGAGAGGAAGAAAAGGCGCAGCAGCAACAGCCAUCUCAGCAAAGCAGCCCCGGAUCAAAGGGUAGCCUCCCUUCCUCCUCCUGCUCAACUCUGCAAUGGAUCUCUGCUCUAACAACGGACCCGGUCAGUCUUUCAUUCACGGCGAUGCGCUUCUAUGCGAAGGCCGGAAAUGAGACCAGAUCGCUUCUUAUCAAGAUGGCGAAAGUAUACUACUACGUCGGGGUGCAUUACCUGAACACGGACCGUUACACGAAAGCCCUUGAGGCACUCUACCGCGCGAAAUCCCUUUUCAAAGCUUCGGAGAAGGCGAGUGAGGAUUCCCCCCUUGCCGAAUACUUCACCCUCGCCCCGAUGGUGUUCCUGGAAGACGUCCUCAAGGCGCUUGGGGAUGUGUACACCAAUAUGGCGCUCCUCAAGAUGCGUGCGGCGCUGCCCAUCACCAGCGUCGAGAUCACUCCCACUCAGCCGCUCAGCAUCGGCCUGUUGCACCAUGGCAACGAGGAGGAAACGCGGUUCUUCCAGAAGGCAAUCGACACCUACACCGAAGGGGCCUGCUGGGUCGAGAAGGCCCAGGUGCUGCUGCGCUACGCCGCGACCUUUAUCGACAACGCGACGUUGUCGGGACGUCCGAUGGACCGGGCGGCCUCCGCGCGGACCUUCGAGCUCCUUGUGGAGGCCCGAAAGGCGGCGGAGAAGAGUCGCGCGGAGGGGACGGACUGGCGGCGUCGGCUCGAAUGGGAGACGCUUCGGCUCGUGACGACCACCGCCGUCGGACAGUGUGGCAGCCCUCUCCUGCGGAGUGCGCGGACGAUCGCACAGCACUGGGCCGAACGACUCUGCCGUGAGGCCGUCUUGGAAGAAGACGAAAAGGAGGAGGACAAAAGCGACGCUGUGACAGACUUAAGGGUCACCGUGAAACCCCCUUUGGAGGCCGCCACGGCGGGGGAGCAGAACCUGCAGCUGGGGCUGGUGUACGUCGUGGAUGUGGAAGGGCGGUGUGCCGCGCCAGGGGUUGCGGCGAGCACGCGGAAGGCCGGUCUCAGCGCGCUCGGGCUUCGGGAGACGACCCGACAGUGCGUCGCGUUCGGCGUCGCGGCGAUGCGGGAGGUGCAGGCGCGGUGGCAAGCGCAUGCGGCGGCCGCCAAGUCAACCCCUUCCACCAGCCCAACCCCCAUGGCAUCCUCACGGAGGAUGUCCUUUAUUGCUCAUUCAUGGAAAGUCGAAAAUGAGGUGGAGUGGGUCUAUCGCAUGACCUCGAUGAUGGUGCUCCGCGCUUUGAAGGCACUCAUGGGCUGCUCUGAAAAGAAACUGAAGUCAGAGGCUGCGACGUUCUUCUCUCGGGUACUUGCGCUGGUGAAUUCUGUCACCAAGGUGGAAGACAAUAAGGCGAGUGACAGCAAACACAAACGUUGGAUGGAUGCUAUAAAGUCGCUUCUUUUUGCGUUAGAACCCAUACUUGUAUGGUAA